ACAGAGGAGACAGAGGAGACAGAGGAGACAGAGGAGAUAGAGGAGAUAGAGGAGAUAAGAGGAGAUAGAGAGGCGGAGAGAGGAGAGAGGCGGAGAAAGGCAGAGGAGAAAGGCAGAGGAGAAAGGCAGAGGAGAAAGGCAGAGGAGAAAGGCAGAGGAGAAAGGCAGAGGAGAAAGGCAGAGGAGAAAGGCAGAGGAGAAAGGCAGAGGAGAAAGGCAGAGGAGAAAGGCAGAGGAGAAAGGCAGAGGAGAAAGGCAGAGGAGAAAGGCAGAGGAGAAAGGCAGAGGAGAAAGGCAGAGGAGAAAGGCAGAGGAGAAAGGCAGAGGAGAAAGGCAGAGGAGAAAGGCAGAGGAGAAAGGCAGAGGAGAAAGGCAGAGGAGAAAGGCAGAGGAGAAAGGCAGAGGAGAAAGGCAGAGGAGAGAGGCAGAGGAGAAAGGCAGAGGAGAAAGGCAGAAGACAGCCAGAAGACAGCCAGAAGACAGCCAGAAGACAGCCAGAAGACAGCCAGAAGACAGCCAGAAGACAGCCAGAAGACAGCCAGAAGACAGCCAGAAGACAGCCAGAAGACAGCCAGAAGACAGCCAGAAGACAGCCAGAAGACAGCCAGAAGACAGCCAGAAGACAGCCAGAAGACAGCCAGAAGACAGCCAGAAGACAGCCAGAAGACAGCCAGAAGACAGCCAGAAGACAGCCAGAAGACAGCCAGAAGACAGCCAGAAGACAGGCAGAAGACAGGCAGAAGACAGGCAGAAGACAGGCAGAAGACAGGCAGAAGACAGGCAGAAGACAGGCAGAAGACAGGCAGAAGACAGGCAGAAGACAGGCAGAAGACAGGCAGAAGACAGGCAGAAGACAGGCAGAAGACAGGCAGAAGACAGGCAGAAGACAGGCAGAAGACAGGCAGAAGACAGGCAGAAGACAGGCAGAAGACAGGCAGAAGACAGGCAGAAGACAGGCAGAAGACAGGCAGAAGACAGGCAGAAGACAGGCAGAAGACAGAGAAGUGGCCACGUGCUCCCCAGAUGUUCCCACCCCCACAGGACUAUGCAGCUUAA